AUUUUCUUCUUCCGUAGUCACCCAUCCAACAAAACUUCUUACGAGCCAACCCCUCAAAACAUUCAAAAUGGUCAAGACUAAGAAGUCCGGUGAUACCCUCUCCUCGCGCCUGGCGCUUGUGAUGAAGUCUGGCAAGGUUACCAUGGGUACCAAGUCCACCAUGAAGACUCUCCGCUCUGGCAAGGCCAAGCUGGUCCUCAUCUCCGGAAACUGCCCUCCUCUGCGCAAGUCCGAGCUUGAGUACUACGCCAUGCUCGCCAAGACCCCCGUUCACCACUUCAACGGCAACAACAUUGAGCUCGGUACCGCUUGCGGUAAGCUCUUCCGCUGCUCCGCCAUGGCUAUCCUCGAUGCCGGUGACUCCGACAUCCUGAGCCGUGAGGCUUAAGCGUGUCGCCCUGUUGCGAGCCAUAAACAAAAAAAUAGAAUCUUGAACCAUUCUUGAACAAAAAAAA